ACAGGAACCGUGCCCUGGGCCGUCCACACCAGAUCCAGUCCCUCCUGUUACCGGUUUGUACCGGCCCCCUCCUGCCCACAGACUGGGUGUUCCUGCCACUGGUACAGCUGCACAGCAUGGCCAACAGUCUGGAGUCUAGAGGAUACCCAGUGGAGACUGUACCAGCAGAUGUCGUCGCCACGGUAACCAAUAGCCUGAGGCUGGUCCUGAUGCUGGAGACGUGGCGCCCAGAAACCCUCACAGCUCUGACAGCGGCCGCCAAGCUGACCAGGCUCAUGUGUGUGUUCCUUACAGGAAGUGAGUUGUUCCUGGACAGCUCAGUGCACCACAUCCUGUCUGCCCUGCUGAGGCACUACACCCAGCCUGGGCUGCUGGCAGGGCUGGACUUCAACAUGCCCAUCCCUGGGAUCACAUCCUUCUAUGACCUCUACAAGGGCCUAUUAGCCCAGUACGAGGCCACGUCUUUCGGGGACCCCCUGUUUGCCAGUUUUGUGCUGUUGCCGCUGCAGCAGAGGUAUGGGGUGGGCUUCAAGAAGCUACUGUUGAGUGAGCAUGAUGCCGUUUUCAGGACGUUCCCUCUACAGUUCCAAGAGCUGGUUGUACCAGUAGAGAACUACCUGGAGCCCCAGGAGACAGACCAGGAGCUCCUACAGAUGUACCUGGGGGUGUUGUUAUCAGGAACGGUCAGGCAGCAGUGGGCUCCCUUCUUCUACCUCGUCAUGGUCAAACACAUCAUGGGCUAUGUCUUUGGUCAUCAGUCUGGUCAGGAUACUGCAAAAAGAAGUCUUCUAAGACAAGUGAUGUCAUCAAGAAAUGAGAUCCUGAAGCACCAUCUCCUUUACUUCCAUCAAGUCAACCUGGAGGCUCCACCUUUGGGAUUCGACCUUCACUGUCAGCUGCCGCCAGACAGACUACAACUGAUGCAGGAUAUAGGAGAUCUGUAAUAUUAGCUGCAUCAACUUUAACUUAUCAUUUUAGACUAAAAUAUCUAAUUUAGUCCUUACUUGAAAGAUAAGUUCCUAAGUUUGUGGAUCAUUGGCAUGGUAUAGCACACCAACAAAAUGUAAGAAUCAAGAAUAUAUGUUUGUGGCCUGACAAUGGAAUCAUGUACUGGUGACCUACUGAGCAACAUUUAUAAAGAAAGCAAGACGGAAUUAUCUUAUUUCUGUGAUAUGUCUUUUUCUUCUGCUGUCAA